AUGGGGCAUCCUGCCUUCUUCCUCGUCUGUCUUGCUGUCCUUUCUUGCAUUACUUCCUUUGCAAAGGUAAAUGCUGGAAUAUCCAACAGGAAUACGAAGUCCGAUGAUGAAGAUGAAGCACGCCAGCAAGAUCUCUGCGACUGCUAUGUCGUCUCGGGGCCAGACGGGGGAUAUUUCCAACACUACCAAUUCUGGGAUUUUCGAAAUUUUUCCAUUCCUCGACGGACAUCAGAGCAGGACCAAACCCCUUUCGAAGGCCAAGACGAGGACAAUGCGGACGAUAUCCAGGAUAGGGGGGGAUAUAUAAGCGAUGGCGAGAACGACGAUAGUGAUGACAGUGAUGGUGAUUCUGGUGAGGACGACGACGACUAUACCAACAAAAACAGUCCAAAAACAAUACUCCUCUCCCAAACACCCUUCGCAAAAGAUUGGAUAGUCCAGGUCUGGCGCCGUGAAAAAAGACCCGUUCCCAUGGUCAACUCGGAACGAAACAUCUUCAUCACGACCGACCCUCAACAUCCUCGAAACACGAAUUCAACUUCGACCUCGACAUAUCUCAUCCUCCGCGUGACGCGUUUCGACAAUUACUCCUCAACCGCCGAGAUGGAGAGUGCACUCCGCAAUAUCUAUCACUGCAGUUUGAGGGUUAGAAUGCGCAUUAUAUCAUCUGGUAGUCUCCCGUCAUCAUCGACCCAGGUAACAGAAGAAGACAAACCAUGCCUAGACAUAAACAAAAACUACCCCCCAGGCGCCUGUGCCGGCAUCUUCACCUACAACCCAGCCUCAAAAGCAACCAAUACAGACGAAUCAGACAUUGAAAUCCUCACAUCCGAUCCUCCCCAUCGAAUCCACUACGCAAACCAACCAGACUACAACCCCAUCACGGACCGCCCUAUUCCCGGCGCCAGCAGCGUGAUCGAUCUUCCCACCCCCUGGACAUCAUGGGCAGUGCAUAGACUCGACUGGUUCCCUGGGUUCUCGGCAUGGUAUAGUGACGGGCGGCUUCAGGAUAUGAAGACGUACUGUGUUCCUUCUAAGCCGAGUUUGGUGGUUCUCAAUUUGUGGAGUGAUGGGGGGAACUGGACGGGUGAUUUGCGGAAGGGGGAGAGCGUGCUUAUGGGUGUUGAGUGGAUUGAGAUGGCGUAUAAUCUCUCGACUCGAAAGACUUCUGUAGAUAUCCCGCGUGUUGAUCGUCGUAGUGAUGAUCUGGAUGGAGCUGAUGCUAGGGGUCAAGGAGGAUGUAGGAAUGUCUGUCGCGUCGAAGAUAUCAGUCACUAA